ACAGGGGCACAAUCGGUCGUGAAGAACGACAUCCUGUACAUCGAUAGUGGAGUACAAAAAUGGAAUGGCACGGAUGUCACCAACCCGAUUCUAGGCAUAAACAGCUACAUGAUCACCAUACCUCUUAACUCGACAUGGGACUGGAAGUCGAACAUUACCAUGGAUGCUCAAGCUAAGAAUGUAAAGAAUCCGACUACCGGUACGCCACCACCCAGCCUCAUUCGUGGUCAUAUGUUCCAUGGCCCUAUUGAUCAACCCAAUGUGUACGUGUACGGCGGUACAACCUUCAUGGGCAAUCAGUCCUUCGAGGCAUUUACGCGGCCAGAAUCAUCGGCAUUCUACCCUCUGUGGUCAUAUACGUAUGGAGCUGGCAACUCCUGGGACCAAUACUCAAAAGAUACCGAGUGGACGCCCAACCAUGGCGCAGCGACUGAGGCGAUAGAUCAAGGUUUGGCCUUCUAUCUGAACGGCCAGAUUGACUGGGGUACCGCACCAAGGACAGUUGAUAGUUUCCCGAAAACCGAAGACAUCUAUGUGCCUAUGGAGGGUAUGGUUGUUCUCGACCUCAAGUCGCAGAGUGCGAAAAACAUAUCGACUUCCGGAUUGAGAGGCGGUGCUCCUAGGGUGGGAGGUACGAUGGAAUACUUUGCUUCGAUUGGUGGUAUGGGAGCGCUUGUAGCACUUGGUGGUCAGGUACAACCUAAUCUUGCCAGCCCUUUUGCCAAUGUCAGCACAGGCUUAUUGAUUGACUUUGAGACGGUCGACAUGUUCGAUAUCGAUUCUUACCUCCAAAAACCAGACAGCAACGGGACUUGGUAUUCGCAAAAUACCACUGGAGAUGUACCAGAACCACGCAUAGACUUCUGUACAGUGGCUAUUUCAUCACCCGAUAACUCGAGUCAUCAUAUUUACCUAUACGGUGGGAGAAAUCCAAUCACAAACAAGGCCUAUGACGAUGUUGUAGUUUUGACUCUGCCAUCAUUCAACUGGACAAGUGUUUGGCCUCUAGGUGAGUCACCACGAUGGGGCCACAAAUGCCAUGUUGCCGGAAAACGUCAGAUGAUCACGGUGGGCGGCAAUACUCCAACCAUAACAUGUGAUUGGGAAACGAAAGGGGUUGCAGUAUGGGACAUGACAGCUUUGAGAUGGGGGAGUGUCUUCGCAGUCGACCGACCAGAAUUUCAGGUGCCCAACCAACUGCUGGCUGCGACUGGUGGAAACGCAAAUGGGAACGCUACGAAAAAGGAGCCCGCCAUGGGCUGGACAGAACAAGGUCUGAAGACUGUCUUCGCAACACCAAGUAAAACCACGCCAUCUUCAGGUACUACUUCUGGAAACACUACACCAGGAAACACUUCAAGUUCGCCCAGUCCUAAAAAGAAGAGCAUGAAAGGAGCUAUUGCAGGCGGUGCCGGUGGUGGUGUUGCAGGACUUAUCAUCAUCGUCAUCGUAGCAUUCUUUCUCCGUCGUCGAUACCGUAAACGCCACAGCCCCCACGAACUCCCUGACACCAGCGACCCAUCCGGCCAAGGGUCAUCUCUUCCAAAGAAGUACGAGCUUCAUGCUGUUAACGAGAACAGUCCUGCGGAGCUCUAUGGCUAUGAGAUAAAAGAACUAGAAACCCCCAGGCAAGCGGUUGAAGCAGAUCCCAUGUCAUCCCCGGGAAGAGCGGAAUUAUCUGGCACGAAUACGGCACCUGGGGCCUUGCAUGGGGUUCCCAUCGUGCGAACACCAGGGGACGACUUGCCGGAACGGCCAGAAUAUGUGGCUGGUUUGAGGAGACCGAGUCGGGAAAGGAGGAGAAGUGCAUCGGUGACAUCCAAUGAGAGAAGCGAGGAACGAGCCGAUCAGGUUGGUACGAAUAAUGAAAGAGAAGAUAACACUGUAGACCAGAAGAGUAGGGACGUCAGAGUAGAAGAUAAUGAUGGGGAAGAAAAGAGCAGGGAUACGGAAACCACAAAGUAACAGCAUUACUUGGAGU